UAACCAGUGUAAAUGAUUUAUAUGUAAUUGUAUUGAAUAGAAAUUACUUAACAUUUUUAUGUAAUUCAAAAGCAGCAAAGUUAUGUAGCAGCUACAUAACAGUUUUACAAAGAUACUACCUAACCAGGUUAUGUCCUUCUAAAGCAGAAAAGUUAUGUACCAGCUAAGUAACAGUAUUACAAAGAUAUUGCCUAAACAAGUUAUGUAGGCUUAAAGCAACAAAGAUAAGUAUCAGCUAAGCAUUGCAAUUAAGUUACAUUUAGCCAAUACACUUACGUAAAUCUAACUUAACAGUAUUGAGUUCAAACUAAGUAACAACAUUUCUUAAAAGUUACUUAAAGCAGUUGUGUGGAACCACUUGACAUAACUUUUUUAAGUAAAUCUAAUGUUUUAUUUUUUUGAGUGCAGCAGAGUCAACUUUAAAAAUAAACAUGUGGUUCCUCUUUGUUCCACCGUACAGUCAGAUCAGCCCAGAGAACAGGAAUGUUCUCAUUAUGCUGCUGUCAGAUUCAGCUCUGCCGGAGCAUCUGGUGUCACUCCAGCAGACACAGACUUACAGACUUACUCUUCUGUGAAACUUUGAGAGAGAUACUGUGUAUUGGAUAUGUGUGCCACAUAUCCAGUGGUGGCUGAUGAUGAAACAAGUCCUCAGCAAGGAACAAGUGCCUGUUAAUGAAUGCAGCACAUAAACCUACAUAACUGAAUGCAGCAGGGUGUUACGUGUGUGUUUAUCAGUUCGCCAUCUUAACUAUCUCUAGACGUCAUUUUCCUUCUCUCUUUUUUGACACCACCCUCUACUGGUGCAGUUUGGUAUCUAACAUUACAGGACACAGCACAGUUGUUGACAGCUGUUACAAUGAAUGAUUUAUUGUGGGAUGCCCUUAUUUUAUAACCCUAAAAAAAUAUUUCCUAUGUAUGAAAUACAAAGGGAAUACAGUGACUCAGUAUCUUGAACUGAGUUUGAGCAGUUUCAUCAUAACAAUGACUGCUGUAGAUGUCUGAAUGCACUGAUCUGAUUGUCUGAUUAAAUAUUAAAUACCUAAUAAAUUGGCUGGUGAGUGUUCCAGUGCUGUUGUGAUGUAUUAUACAGUAGUUCGUGCUACGUUCUCAUUUUGUAUGUUUUUGGAUCGUCUGUUUUCUGAUGAGUGUAGCUUCACAUGUGUCACAGUCCUGGGUCAGUCACCCAGUGUUUUGACUUUUGUAAUAUUAUUGAUCUUUGUUUUCAUCAUGGUUUUGACUGCUAGUGUUUUGGUUUCUGUUUUGUACUUUGAGCUCUCCAGUUUUUCUUGCUUUACGAUUCCUAGUUCUUGGGUUUUGGUUCCUGUGCUCCUCAUGUCACCCUCGGUCCUGUACUCCGUGUCCCCUCUGUGUAGCAUCAAGUCCUUGCCCCUGUGCUGGUUGUAUUUCCUGUUUUAUUUUGAAGGUCCAUGUGUCAUGUGAAUGUAUUUUGUUUUGCUUCCCCCCUCUCUCGUCAUGUUGAAUUAGGUUCAGCUGUGUCUCACUCCUGUGUGCCAUUUCCUUAUUUCCUUAUUUAGUGUGUGUUAUCUGUUGCUCUUCGUUGGUCUGUCUGCCUACCAUUUAACUGUGUUACUGCUGCUCUCAGUCCCCCCACGGUUCCAGGUUUGGCUAGUUCUGGUUUCAGAUUCAGACCACUACGGCUGAAGCUGGAGAGUCUUCUUCAUCACAGAAGUUUGUUUCCAUCAUAAAUGCAGAAAACAGUUUUAUCACCAACGCCUCCACAAUUUAACACAACUGCACGCAGCUCAAAGAGCCACAACACAGAGCAGAUGAAAUGAAAAUAAAAUGUUGCACACAUUAAAGUGAGAAAUGAGAGAACAGCUACAGGUUGUAUUUCCAUGUAAACAUGUUACACACUGAAUGAACAAAAAAAUGCAUCUAGGUCCUUUAGCUAAUAUAACAUAAACACACAUCAUGAUUGUGUAUCGCUCUCACCUCAAACACAACUAAACAGGCUUGUGUUAUUCUCUGCUUCUCUUGCUGUUAUCCAGCUGUCAUGACUUUAGGCUGACUGAUUUUCGUACCGCUCGGGUAAGAAUUCAAGCCGCUGCUGCCAUCUACUGGCGACACGCAAUAUUGCAUCACCAGUUUUUAAGCUGUGUCCAGUUCAGUGAGAACUCUUGAUUUUUCUUUUCUUUUGUGAACUGCAGUCGCCAUGUUGUCUCAGUGUGUGAGUGAUCAUACUAUAGAAAUAUAGUGCUAACUUCUAUACUUUGAUAAUAUGUAAGGACAGAAAGGUCAAAAAGAUAAUAGUAAUAUAAUAAUAAACCUGUUUGAAAGCUUCUGUUAAAGGUGUCAUUGGAGAAGAAACCAGUAGUAAGUAGCUGCUUCCUUCUGUCAGUUUUUCUUCGGGCUGAUUGUUUCGUUGACAUCUUGUUGGUAGAUAGAGCCAUUUCUUUAACUUAAACCCUCUUAGUAAAGGAAGUAAUUCUGAAAACUGUUUUUGUUUGUUUUUUCUUACACUUACACUUUAUUAUUACUCGCCUCAUGCACUCGCCCUUUUCUGGGAUUUUUUUUAAAGCAUUACAAAUAUGUCCAGGUAGAAAAAUGGAGGGAAGAUAUAUCUCCUUUCCACUAGUGGGCGACGACAUGUUCUCUGCACCUUCUUGGGUUUUAGCAGGCAGUAGCUAAAGGAGGGUACAAAAACUAAAGGCCUGGACAGGAAAUGGGAAAUCUCCGUUUUGUUUUCUGCUUUUUCUGUGAGAAGAUUCAGCUGUAAAAGAAUCAUCCAACCAACUUUCUGACUAGAAGCUGAAAUCCACAGCAGUCAUGAUCUUAGCAGAAGCUGGGUUUUAGAAGAAACAGGACUUCCAGUCAGUCUCCAAGAAGGGAAACAUCAGACAACAAACAGCAGAUUAAUCCUGAUGUCAAGCAUGAAAACAUCUCAGUUCAGUAAGUAGAGCAGGAUGACCAUCAUGACAACAGACUGCACUUCACUGAGUUUUUUUCUUGGCAACUUUUUUUAAAAACACAAAAUAACCACUGACAGGAUCAACACUAGCGGGUAUUUAAAAACAAUAUAAUAAAAUGUGUAAAGUGGAGUCCUUAAAGUGAAACAAUAAUAAAGCCAUCAAUGGUGAUAAGGAGCAAAUGCAAAGGUAUAUUUGUAGAUUUGCUCUUGCAAUACCUCGAUUCUUCACUAGAGGGCUCUUUGUGGGAGGGGGGUUAAUAAGGAAGUGAUGAUGUUAAAGCUAAAUACAGUUUGUCUGCUGACACACUCACACAAGUCAGUCAUUCCUGUUAGACAGAUGUUGAUUUUUAACAUUUAUGUAUCUGAUAUUUCCCAAACACUGAGAGCAGCAGCAGUGAUCGGCUCUUUAAAACAUUCAUACAUCAACUUUCUGAUUAGAAGUGAAAAAACAGCCAUGUUGUUGGCAGAAGCUGGAUGUUUGUUCAUGGGUUUCAUUCUGUGUCUCUCAGGUGUAAAUGGAGGAGAAACCAGGAUCUGUGCUCUCAAAUGUUCAUCAGUGGAUCUGCACUGCUCACAUCAAGCUGUUGCAGAGCUGCAGGUAAAGGUGAUUCCUGCCACAGAGGGACAGACAGUAACACUGAUGUGCAGCAGCAGCUGUCCUCUGACUGAAAAGCCUGCAGCCUACAUCUGGUACAAGAACAGAGAGUUUCUCUAUGAGGACUGGUCUCCCUGGUACCAAGAGCUGCUCAGCAGUGAGGAAGCAGUCACAUACUCCUGUGCUGUCAAAGGCUACGAGGAUCACAGAGCCCCUGAAGUCUCUGUGGAUUCCAUCACAGAGACCUGCUUCAGUGUGACCUAUGCUAAAGGGAGAAUGUGUUCUUCUCAGCAGACAUCAGUGGACGAGUCCUGCUCCAUCACAUAUCCCAGAGAAAUUCAUGUCCAGAGGACUCCUGCUGAACACAGAGGUAACAUCAGACUGACCUGUAACAGCAGCUGUUUUCUGACUGACCCUCUGAUUUCCUUUGUGUGGUAUGAGACCAGAAAGCCUACAGUGAAGGAGGGAAAACAGAUUCUAGUUUCCAGCUCUAAUCCAGACAGUUUGUCUUGUGGUGUAAAAGGUCUUGAGGAUGUGCGCUCUGCUGACGUCUGUGUUAGUGAUGAUUCCUGCUGGAUGUUGAAUUAUGUCCACAGCAGAAUCUGUGCUCUGGAAGGAUCUUCAGUCAACAUGUCCAGUAAAUACUCACAUCCUGACUACGUGCAGAUACAGUCUAAAUGUUGGUAUAAAGUCAAGAGAGAAGCUGAACAGCUGACUGAGGAUGCAGGUCAUGUGGAGUAUGAUGACAGCAUGAAGAACCAACACAUCCUCAGAUUAAAGAAGCUGAAGAGAGAUGACUCAGCAGAAUACAGGUUCACCUUCACAACAGAAAAUGAAGAAGUGAAUCAGUCUGAUUUUCCUGGAGUUACACUGAUUGUCACAGAGCUGAGAGUGAAGAUGAGUCCUUCUGCAGUGGUGACAGAGGGUCAGAGAGUCACACUGACCUGCAGUACCAGCUGUCCUCUGACUGACAACACAAACUACAUUUGGUACUUGAACAGUCGACCUCUGACCCCGAGAGAGAACCAGAACAAACAUCUGAUCCUAGACCCAGUCAGCAGGGAGGAUGCAGGAAGCUACUCCUGUGCUGUGAAAACCAACAAAGAUAUCAGCUCUGCUCCAAAGACUCUCACUGUCCAAAGUAUCACAGGAACAUGGACACCAGCAGCUGCAGGAGUUUCUGCAGCUCUGCUGGGUUUAAUACUUCUCACUGUCUGCUGGUGGAGGAGAAAAAAGAGUAAUUCUCACAAACCUUCAAGACAUGAAACUCUGGAUGACUCACACCUGUAUGAUGAAAUCUCACCCCAACCAGCAGAGCAGGAUCGUCACUACCCCAGCCUUAAUUCUUCAGAGGAUGAAAUGGAUCAUCUCUAUUCCACCAUUCCUCCAUUUGAGCCCACUGUAUAAGACCAUGUCCGCUAUGGUUCUGUGGACAACUUUUGACCCAGUAUAACCCCUGAGUGAGUCUUUUCUGUGAGUCCAAUUUCACUAACCACACUCAGGCCUGAAUACUGUCAAAUCUCUUAAAUAGAGCCUGUCUUACAAAGUGAAGCAGGCUAAAAAGUCCCAAAAAGCAGCAUCAUGUGAUGGUUCAACGAAACUCAAGAACAACUGGGAAAAUAUGUCAUUGACAUCUAUCAGUCAGUCUAGAAAGGGUUACAUAAGAUAUUUCAAAGGCUUCGGACUCCAGCGAACCACAGUAAGAGCCGUUAUAUCCACUAAUGAAGAAAAUUUUUUGUGGCUGUCCCCAUCUAGACACCUUAUCUCCACCCACUCUGCCUCCAGCAGUGACCCUGAUCAAACCAGGAUUUGUGGCAUCUUUGUAGAGCGCGACUCCACCAUAGCUUGCCCAAAACUUCCCUGUGAUUCUUGCAGCAGGCUGAGCCUCGCCGUCUGUAACUCUCCCAAUAACAUGAGCAGUAGCCAUAUGAUCCAUUCAGUCAUAGGCCACCAGCACACCUCGACCAUGGCUUAAAAAGACUAAAAAAGACUGGAGGUCACCCCCCUCUCUCAUCCAGCAGCGGCGGUGCAGGCCAAGACCCAGGCCAAGCAAGGAGGUUUUCCAAGACCUGCCUCUGGCACUCAGUCUCCUCCUGCAGUGUCUCUGCUGAUGCACCACCACCUGCUAACACUGCAUCAUCACCAGGUCUGCCACCAUCUGCACUAGCACCUCGACCGUCUGUAUGUGUUGUGGAUUCUGCAUGAUGUACUGUGAUGGACGUUUUUAAAUCCUAUUUAUUCUUUUGAUUUUGUGCAACCUGUGUCUGUGCCUACACAAAAAUGUGGGCACACGUUGGAUCUUGAUUUGACUCACGGUUUACCUCUAACUUAGAGGUUUUGUGAUGCUGUAUGGUUGGAUCAUAAGCCUGUCUUGUUUGAGGUUUCUCUUCCUUCCUUGCUGCCAGAAGAAAGUUUAGGAGAGCUGAACUUAAAUGGAAGAAGGAUAAACUUAAGGUGUCAUAUGAAAUAUUACAGUAUUACUGGAAUUCAUAUCAAAAAACUGUUAAAGAUGCUAAGAGAAACCAUUUUGCUGCUGUUAUUCAGGCAAACUCCUGUAAGCCUUAUGCCUUAUUUAAAACCACUGACAUGAUCCUUUAUGCUCCACAGACUGUUGGUGUCGAGUCCUCUCAGGACAUUUGUGAAAACUUCUACACUUCUUUAUUGAUAAAGUAUCAUCGGUGAAAGCGCAGAUUUCCCAUUCCGUUCUCGACCCUUCUGUCCCUGUCCUUAGCUCUGUUGUCUUUGACAGGUUUGAGCCAGUUUCUUUGUUCUGCCUGCAGGAGUUGGUCUCUCACCUGAAGCCCUCAGGUUCCCCUUAUGAGGCUCUCCCUCCUCGAUUUUUCAAAGAGGUUUUUCUCACUAUAGCACCAUUUGUGCAAUCCAUUGUAAAUAGUAGUUUUUCCUCUGGUGUUGUACCCGUGAACCUUAAACAUGCAGUGAUUCAGCCUCUACUCAAGAAACCUGCUCUUGAUCCUGAUAUUAUUGCAAAUUACAGGCUUAUCUCCAAACGGCCUUUUAUCUCAAAAAUUCUUGAAAAGCCAGAUUACAAGCAAUUAAUGUCCUUUUUAGAAGAACACAGUAUUUUAGAAGUUUUUCAAUCUGGUUUUAAAGCUUUGCAUAGUACAGAAUCUGAUGUGUUUUUAGUAACUGACUCAGGUGACUGUUAUUAUCGUGCUUUUAGAUUUAAUGGCUGCCUUUGAUAGAGUGGAUCAUAAGAGUUUAAUUUCCCAUUUACAGCAGUUGGCGGGUGUUAGGAGUACCGCACUGCAGUGGUUCAGAUUGUUACGCCCCUCUGCAGCCCCUAAUCUCCUCAGUCUGUUCAGCUGUUGCUAAUUGGCCACACCUAGUCAGGUGUGGAUAAAAGCAUACCUGAGGCAGGCUUCCCAGGAGCUCACUAGUCUUUGCCUUGGUGGAACCAGCCAUUUUUGCCAACCUGCUAUGCCAUUUUAAAAUAAAACCUCUUCUCACUAACACUCUGGUAUUCGUCUCCUUUUUUAUGUUGCGGCUUUUGAGCAGGGUCGUAACAAGAUCCUAUUUGGCACAGCGAACUUUCUCUGUGAAACUUGGUGAGUUUGUAUCCUCUGCUUCUCUUCAAUGUGGGAGACCUGAGACCACUACUAUGGAUCUUGGUUCCCUGGCACAGUAUGUUAAACCAAUCAUCACUAAUCUGGGAGUUAAAAUGGAGGCAGAUCUUAAACUUGAAAGCCAGCUCAGAGCUGUUGUAAGAGCUAGCUUUUUUCAUUUGAGGCAAUGUGCCAAAAUAAAGCCCAUCUUAUCAAAGCAGCUUUUUGAGAGACUAAUCCACGCCUGUGUUACAUAUAGGCUGGAUUAUUAUAACGUACUUUAUUGUGGGGUUAGCGACGCAUCCAUUAGGCGUCUGCAGGUUGUGCAAAAUGCUGCAGCGUGUCUUUUAACUGAAACAAAAAAGUCUGAGCGCAUUACUCCCAUUUUAAUUUCACUCCACUGGCUACCUGUACAUUUAAGGAUCGUUUUUAAUAUUCUUGUUUUUGUUUUUAAAUCUCUGAAUGGCAUACCCCCCGACAAACACACCUCUCAGAGCUACUACAUCUACAUACACCUGCCCGCUCCCCUAGGUCUCCCAAUCAGCAACUCCGUAAGGCACCAAAAACUAAGUAUGAAUUUAGAGGUGACCGUGCUUUUGCUGUAGCUGUUCCAAAGUUGUGGAAUGAUCUGCCCUUGUAUGUUUGGCAGGCCUCUUCUCUCUGAGUUUAAAACUCUUCUUAUAACAUGUUUAUUUGCCGAAGCCUUUGGCACUCUUUGAGGGGCUGACUCAACUUGUUUUAACAUGUUUUAUUUUAUUUUUUUAAUUCAUUUAUUUAUUUAUUUUAUCUUAUUUUGUGUUAUUUUGUUUUAUUGUGUUUAUGCUAUUUGUGUAUGUACAGAACUUUGUGAACCCUGGUUUUAUGUUAAAGUGCUUCAUAAAUAAAGCUGGUAAGGUAUAUUUGGCACCACUGUAGUAAGUCUCCAGCUACUGAUGGGACCCACCACAACACGUCAACACACAGGAUGUGGAUGAGUGCACAGUUCACUGCAUUUAAUUUGGUUGAGGCUACAGAAGCCACGCAAGCCUCUAUCUUUAGACUCUAGCUCUGUUCUGUUUUUAGGCUACUAAAAUAGGGGAGGCAAGAUUAGGUUCUGAUAGCUUUCUUCUUUUAAUAACUAAAAUCAUCAGUUAAAAAUUUAUUUUGCAUUUACUUAUCUUUGUCUAACAAUAAAAUGUAUUUGAUGAUCUGAUCAUUUUAAGUGUAAGAUAUAAAAAAAAAA